AUGGAUCAGUGCUGGUACCACGGCAACAUCACUCGCUCCAGAGCUGAAGACCUGCUCUCCAAAGUAGGCAAGGAUGGCAGCUUCCUUGUGCGGGCCAGUGAGUCAAUUGCUUCGGCAUAUGCACUCUGCGUGCUGUUCCGGAAUUGCGUUUAUACCUACCGAAUUCUGCCUGAUAAAGAAAAUAAGCUAAUUGUCCAGGCAUCAGAGGGUGUUCCCGUGAAGUAUUUUGAGAACUUGGAGGAACUGAUAGAAUUUUACAAGAAGGAGAACAUGGGUCUGGUAUGGCACCUCAAAUAUCCAGUGCCGCGGGAAGAAGAGGAGGCUGCAGAUGAACCGGAGGAGGAUGCUGACCUGGUACCCACGCCUCCUAUCCUGCCCCCACGCAACAUCCUCAUGGCAUUGCCGAGCAGCGAGACAAAGGAGGUAUCUUCUCUCCCUGAAAACUCCAGGGUGGCAGAUGUUAAUAAACUCUCCCUUUCUGAGACACUACUCCAGCAACUGCAGUACCAGGACACAAGCAGUGUCUCCGACGAGCAUCUUAAACUCAUCCAGGAUUACCUGCGAGUUCACAUCAUCAGUGACUUUGAGAUGGUACAGACUGGCUCAAGCAAUCUUCCUCAACUGAAGAAACUACUUACACUUCUUUGCAAAGGACUCUUCAGCGAAGCCUCUAGGACUCUCCCAUCUCUGGAAUCCAUCCAGAAGGUGUUUGAGCAGCAGCUGCACCCUGGUAUCCAUCAGCGCUCACAAAUUCUCGGUGAAGCUAGUCCAGUCAAUAUUGUAUUGAAACUCAAUCAGCUGAUUUCUUUGCUGUCUUCCAUUGAAGAAAAGGUGAAAACACUGUUGAUUGAAGGCCCUGAUUCAACACACCGGCGCUCCCUUAUCCCCCCUGUCACUUUCGAGGUGAAAGCUGACUCCCUAGGAAUUUUCUCAAAAAUACAUCUCAAGGUUGAUGUGGAAAUGGGAAAACUGAUUAUCAAGAGAGCUAAGGAUGGUCCAGAAGACAAGUUUUAUACCCACAAGAAAAUCUUGCAGCUUAUCAAGUCCCAGAAGGUCCCUAACAAACUGGUGAUUGUGCUGGAAACAGAAAAAGAAAAAACGCAGCGGAAGGAAUAUGUCUUUUCUGAUUCCAAGAAGAGAGAAGGGUUCUGCCAACUUCUGCAGCAGAUGAAGAAUAAACACUCGGAGCAACCAGAGCCUGAUAUGAUCACCAUCUUCAUUGGGACCUGGAAUAUGGGUGCUGCACCUCCCCCAAAGAAGAUCACCUCCUGGUUUCUCUCCAAGGGGCAGGGGAAGACCCGUGAUGACACUGCUGACUACAUUCCUCAUGACAUCUAUGUGAUUGGCACCCAGGAGGAUCCCCAAGGGGAGAAGGAAUGGCUGGAGACCCUGAGGCAAUCCCUGCAGGAAAUCACCAGUAUCAGCUUCAAAGUGAUAGCAAUCCAUACCCUCUGGAACAUCAGGAUUGUUGUACUGGCCAAGCCAGAACAUGAGAACCGCAUCAGCCACAUCUGCACAGACAACGUGAAGACAGGCAUCGCAAACACACUGGGUAAUAAAGGAGCUGUGGGGGUGUCAUUCAUGUUUAAUGGAACCUCCUUUGGGUUUGUUAACAGCCAUUUGACUUCAGGAAGUGAAAAGAAACACAGACGCAACCAGAACUACAUGAACAUCCUGCGCUUCCUGACACUGGGAGAUAAGAAACUGAGUCCGUUUAACAUCACUCAUCGCUUUACUCAUCUUUUCUGGCUGGGAGACUUGAACUACCGCGUGGAACAGCCCCCAACGGAAGCAGAGAAUAUUAUCCAGAAGAUCAGGCAGCAGCAGUAUCCGGAGCUGCUGGCUUUCGACCAGCUGCUUAUAGAGAGAAAGGACCAAAAGGUGUUUCUGCAGUUCGAGGAAGAAGAGAUUACUUUUGCUCCAACCUACCGUUUUGAAAGAGGCACCCGGGAGAAGUAUGCUUACACCAAGCAAAAAGCUACAGGGAUGAAGUACAAUUUGCCAUCCUGGUGUGAUCGAGUGCUCUGGAAAUCAUACCCCAUGGUGCACGUUGUGUGUCAGUCCUAUGGCUGCACCGCUGACAUCAUGACAAGUGACCACAGUCCUGUCUUUGCCACCUUUGAAGUGGGAGUCACCUCACAGUUUGUUUCAAAGAAUGAUUCCAAGUACAUGGAUUCCCAAGGGGAGAUAGAGUUCCUGCACUGCUACGCUACUCUGAAGACCAAGUCCCAGACCAAGUUCUACAUCGAGUUUCACUCUAGCUGCUUAGAAAGUUUUGUAAAGAGCCAGGAAGGAGAAAAUGAGGAUGGGAAUGAAGGGGAGCUUGUGGUAAAGUUCGCUGAUGCUCUUCCAAAGCUGACUCCAAUUAUUUCAGACCCAGAAUACCUACUGGAUCAACACAUCCUAAUCAGCAUUAAGUCAUCAGACAGUGAUGAAUCUUAUGGGGAAGGCUGCAUUGCCCUGCGAAUAGAAGCAACAGAAUCCUUAGUUCCUAUCCAUACUGUGCUGACACACCAUGGUGAGAAAACAGGGGUCUUCCAAGGUGAAAUCAAGUUACAAACAUCACAAGGAAAACAGAGAGAGAAACUGUAUGAUUUUGUCAAGAUUGAACGUGAUGAAAUCGCUGGGCAGAAACCAAAGAACAUCAGCAAUUUAGAGCCUAGCAAAGACUGGGAUCAGACUAACAGGUAAAGGGCAAGUGGCUCCACUCCCACAGACAUCAGCAACCCCAACUACCUGGGGAUGGCUGCUUUCUCUCAGCAACCCUCUGCAACCAGCCAGCUUAAGCAGAUACCUUCACCAGACCAGUCACCUUCUCUCUGGAGCUACGAGCAGCAGCCCAAAGAGACUACCUCCGUAAUGGGACAGAGUCAGUCAUCCUCCACAUCACCCUCCGUGUCGCCUCUAUCUCCAAAAACAUCCCUCCAGCCUACAGUAAACAGAAGCAUUUGUAGUCGGAGUCAAGAGUACCUGCCACCUGAACUGGGGAAAAUCGCAGCAGAGCCUUUGCUUCAGGAGGAGGGACAGCAAAAGCCAGAGAUGUUUGAGAACCCACUGUAUGGCUCUAUGGGCUGUAAGGGCAAGGUGGCAUCAAAGAAAGAGCAGGAUUACCCCAAGGCCUUGCGAAAAGAGCAGCCGCCACUGCCUGAUCAGAGCUGUCAUCUCACAAAGUCACAGGAGCCUGAGAGCAACAAGACCUCUGGCAAACAGCCAUCACCACCUUUCCUGGUCCCCACACAGCGAUUUCGGUCCUAUACCUGCUCCGGCCAAUCUGAAGAAAAGAAUACAGGUGAAAAGACUCAAGGCAAACCGAAGAUGACUACAUCAUUAGAAAACUCAGCACCACUCAAAAAACUAGUCAAGCCAUUGAGGUCUGAAGUCAGCCCAAGCACCCAGGGACAGCACAACAAGCCACCCCUUCCCUCGAAGAGCCGGGCAGUGCUGGACAUGCAGAACUCCAAGGGCCGAGACUAUCGGGACAGUUCAGAGCUGCCGCACUCCGGGAAGCAUCGGACAGAAGAGGGACCAGUCGGCAGGACAACUACACCGUGAAAAGGACAUGGCAGAUGGCACCCUAGGAGGAAUCCUGAUGGGAAGAAAGAUGGAGAUUACUGCUUUGUUCACCCUGAUGUCCUCUGGUCUGGUUCUGAAAAGACUGGGGGGUUUUAUUUUUGAGGGUGUAUCCCUCUCUAUGAUUAUGAAAAUGUUCUAGCUGAGAAGUUUAUCCUAUGUUGCUCAGACCAAGAGGAGCCAAGACCACAAUACCAAAUGCAAGUUAGCCUUUUGUAGUGUCACUUUGGUACUUCUGUUAAGAGGCAGGUGGUUAAGUACAUGCAUUAGUAAAUGUUUUGAAAAAGAGGAAGGUACGGUAUAAGGACUAGGAGAUGGAAGGGGUGUAAGAACCCCCUUUCUACAAAAGCAAAAUUUUUAUUUUGUGUUACAGAAUUCCUAUUAGAGAGUGAUAUGUAAAAGAAAGCAUUUUGAAAGCGGUACAGCUCCAAAAGCAUGUU